CUUGUGAAGAACCUCCUCCUAGGAGGGUUAAAGAAGUGCCUACUAAAAGAUGGGACAAACCUCCCUAUCCACAUGGUACUGAAGUAACAUACACUUGUCGGCCUGGAUAUAUGAAACUAGGACGAAUCACAUUUCAGUGUGUUAAUGGAGCAUGGGUACAACAGAGACCACUAACAGAAUGCAAAAACAAGCCCUGUGGACAUCCUGGAGAUACUGAGUUUGGUUUCUUUGAACUUACCAGUGGAAAAGAAUUUGUAUUUGGUGCCAGAGUUGAGUACAGAUGUAAUGAUGGAUACCAGAUGCUCAGCCCAAGAAAUUACCGUGAGUGUCAGGCAGAUGGAUGGAGCAAUGACAUCCCUCAUUGUGAAGUGGUUAAGUGUUUACCUCUACAGGCACCAGAAAAUGGAAAAAUAGUUAUGACUGGUGUAUUUGAUCUAGACCAAGAAUAUUACUUUGGCCAGGUUGUAAAUUUUGAGUGUAAUGCAGACUACCACCUUGUUGGAGCUGAAUCUGUAAUUUGCUCUUCUAAUGGAAAAUGGAGCAGUGAUGUGCCUCAGUGCAAAGUCAACCCCACGCUGCCUUGCCUGGGAUUUGCACUAGCGGGAGAUGAUCAUGGGAUUGGAUUGUCAGUAUGUAAGAAUGAAUCCCAGGAAGAUUAUGAGGUCAUCUGUGAUGUGCCAGAAAUUCUGCAUGGACGUGUACAUUCUGCAAAGCAGACUUACAGGAAGUCUGAAUACCUGCAGUUUGCCUGUGAUCGUGGAUACGCAUACGGUGAAAGAUCAGAGGCACAAUGCACUGAAACGGGAUGGAAUCCACGCCCCUAUUGCACUG